AGUAGUUGGUCGAUUAGUGUCCAUUAGUCAGGACAAUGCUUUAGAGUGGUUUUUCUUAGGUAUGAUGGAGACUUGGGGCAUGUUGACCGCAGACAACAACAUCAACAACAACAAUACAGAGGGACAAGACAGCACGAGAGCCGGAGACAGAGAAGUCAAGCCGUACUCCCUUCACACGGACGUCUUCGCUUCUCUGUAUGCCGUUCUCUACCGCAUUGGAGAGGCUGCAAGUGACCCUGUCAAGGAAGAUACAACGACGACGACGUCAACUAUCUCCCGGCGGCACCGCGCUUCCCUUGACCUCCGUGAGCCGUUUGUUUCCACCCGUAUCCUCACGCCUCUCUUUUUCUAGAACCCUUCUUCCCCCAUUCUCUCCCUUCCUCUCCCCACCCUCUUCUUCUCGUGUUUUGUUUCUCAAUCUAAACAUCCCAUCGUUGUUCGUCUGACCUUUAGCCAACUCAUCUCAUCCACGAGUGCUGCUGUGUUGUCUCGUCUCCUCGCGCUGUCCCGUCACCCGUGCACUCCGAAGCCUUGGCACAAAGAAAGAAUGAUGCACUUUCUGGGCCACCGGCGCUCGGCCUCGCAGCAGAGCAUCGACCCAGAGACGCAGCAACAGCCGCAGCAGCAGUGGCGGCCUCAUCACAAGCACCGGCUAAGCGCGUCGUCGGCGCUGUACCAGGCGGCACAGGCAUUGGGCUCCAUUGGCGUCCCUACUGCCGCCGCCACUGCCAACGCCGCCACUGCCAGUGCCAGCCUCCCGGCGGAUGCUGCCACUGCCAAUUCAAACUCUUCCCGCCCGCUGCUGCUGCCCAAUCCGGUGCCUUUGUCGUCUGCCGUGUCAUCCCACUCUCAGUCUCAGCAGUCGUCGGCGUCGUCGCAGUACUCGCAGCCCUCGCCAUCCUCUCCCCAGCAGCAGCGGCAGCACCACCGCCAGUCUGGGUACUUCCAGCCCAACCACAACCACAACCAUAACCAACCUCCUCUUGCUUCUGGCCCCGUUUCUUCUCCUCCAACCUCGUCUCUUCAGUACACCCCAGGAGCCGCGAGUGCGACAAAACCCGGGACUGGGUCAUCGCUCCCCAACGAACCCCCCGUCGCCAACUUCCGCUGGGACGACGAGUACUACAACACCAGGGACAGGGACGACACCGAUAGAGACAGUAACCCGGCCACGUUAUCGGCCGCUGCCACGACCGACUCCGCUUCCGUCCGCUCCCUCCAGCCUCACCAAGCCCAUUCCUAUUCCCAUUCCCAUUCGCACUCGUACGCCCACUCGCAUUCUCACUUCUCCAACAACACCGGCGCUCAUUUUCGAUCCCAGUCGUACUCUCAGCAGCAGCAGCGUGCCUCCAUUCCCGCCGCUCUGCUUCCGGCCCAUGGCCUGCAGCCGCACCGAGACUCAACCUACUCGCUGUCCGCACGCUCCACUGCGACUGAGACAUCAGGGCCGCCGGGCCUUACCCCCUCCAUCGCCUUGUUUCCGGACCACUCGUCUCCAUCCCCAUCGUCCUCUUCCGCUGCCGCUGCCAUGAAUCAACAACAGCAACAGCAGCAGUCGCCGCCACAAUUUCAAUCCGGCACCCCGCGGCGCGCCGGCACCUACAGCUCCCAGCACGAAGAAUUGCACAUGCCAGCGGGCAUGAUGCAGCAUGGUCAGCUGUCGCCCCGCGAAUACUCAUCCUCGUCCACCGCCCCCGCCGCUCCCCAUAUCAAGCUGGACCAGGCAUCGCCAAAUGUCCCCCAGUACCAAAACACAUCGUCGGUGCCCAACGUCUUGCAACCUGGCGGCCCCGGUAACCGCCCGCCAGUCCUUACCGCCAACACAGCGCCUACCUUGUCCACAAUGCAGCCCCAGCAGCCGCAAGACUACCAAACGCCUUCGAAGCCCCCGAGCUUGAGCUUAUCCCACAGCUACUCCCGCUCCUCCCCCGCUGCCGGCUACGAAGGUGCCUCGACCUUUGCGCCCUACACCCCUACCACCCCAAGCGGUUCAGGAUCCCAGUUCAUGUCUCCUCCAGACCAAAAGUACAAUGCUCCCGGUUCGCAACGAAACAUAUCCAACACGCCCUUAGGCCUGGCCGAUAUCCGACCCCGCGCCGAUUCGAGCAUGUCUGAUGGCGUGCCGGGGAGCGUCGCCUACGAGCUCGCCAACGCCCAGCCGGGUACCAGCAAUUACCUCGCUCCUUGGGCUCUCUACGCGUUUGACUGGUGCAAGUGGCCCCCACAAGGCCACGGUGCAGGGAAACUCGCCGUCGGCAGUUACCUAGAGGACGGCCACAACUACAUCCAAAUCCUCGAUACCCAGAUGGUGCCGACCCCCAACGAUGUCUACCAACCAGGCACCCCCAAGUUCAACCUUGAAUUUUCAAAGGUCGCAGAGGCCACACAUUCUUAUCCCGUGACUCGCCUGCUCUGGGAACCACCCUCUUCUCAGAAACAGUCAACCGAUCUUCUUGCGACGUCCGGCGACCACCUUCGCCUAUGGUCUCUCCCCUCCGAGAGCCCCGUAUCGCAGAGCAACUCGAUCACCCGGCAGGGCAGAGAUACCGCUGUCACGAAACUGACGCCUCUCGCGCUACUUUCCAACUCGAAGACGCCUGAUCAUACGGCGCCGCUCACUUCGCUGGACUGGAAUACGGUCUCCCCGAGUUUGAUAAUCACGUCUAGUAUCGACACCACUUGCACGAUCUGGGACAUUCCGUCAUUGACAGCCAAGACGCAAUUGAUUGCCCACGAUAAAGAAGUGUACGAUGUGCGCUUUUGCGCCAAUAGUGUCGAUGUUUUUGUGAGCUGUGGACAAGAUGGAAGCGUCCGUAUGUUUGAUCUGCGCAGCCUCGAGCAUAGCACCAUCAUCUACGAACCUACCGGCAAGGAUGAUCGAGACGCCAAUGGUGGACGCAUCAGCCCCACGCUCGCGCAACAAACCAUGUCGAACCCUCCCCCCCUGUUGAGACUGGCAACCUCUCCUCAUGAUACCCAUUUGCUGGCUACGUUCGCGCAAGAUUCCAACGUUAUUCGAAUCCUCGACGUAAGGCAUCCCGGGCAGGCACUUCUCGAGCUGCGCGGUCAUGGAGGCUCUCUUAAUUCCAUUGAGUGGUCGCCUACGAGGCGAGGAGUUCUAGCCUCAGGAGCAGACGACUGUCAGGUGCUGCUUUGGGACGUCUAUAAUAACAACCACUCGCUCAGCGGCGGCCCUCCUGCCAACGGUGCCGCCCAGCCGGAUAACACGCGAAGCCCAUAUGCCAGCUGGCAGUGCGAUUACGAGGUCGGAAACCUUGCGUGGGUCCCGCAUCUCUCGAGCAACGACCAGGGGGAGUGGCUAGGAGUGAGUGCAGGCAGAGGCCUUUGGGGCGUUAAGACUUGUGGGCGGAUCGGUGUCUGAGGGGCCCCGGGAACGACAAGCAGCAUCCGUCUGACCGUCUUGCUGCCCUGUUCAUAGAACUGGCGAGUUACUUGUGGUAUAUGCAUCGCGAAGCCUGGCGUUUAGGGAUGGGUCCCCGGGCUGGCUGUAGGAGAAAACUAUCUGUGAGUCCUGUGGAGUAGUCGAGGUGGGGGUUACUCAACGCCCUCCGAGACUCAAUAGGGUUCCUCGGUCGGUGACAGGGGAAAAAAAACCUGGGAUGGUGGAUGGCUAUAUCCGAUGGAAAUAGUAAGGAGACAAGAGUAACGGAAUGCCGCAAUCGUUCUGUGUUAUUGGUGCCGCGUCUAAUCUAUCUGGCUGGAUCUGUCAUCCCUGACCUAUCGAAGCAUUCACCGCAUUU